AUAAUAAUUCUCAUGGCUAUGGAGUCCUAUCUUGAUGGUCCGUUGUGAUCUGGAUCUCCAAGAGACUGUCGUGGUGCCCAAUUCUGAAACUGGCUUCAUGAUGGAAAAUACAGAGAAAAGGAAUUGUCUUGGCCCAUAACACCUCCAUUUCAAAGGUCCCAAAGAUAUCGAGGCAGAAAUAAAAUUGUCCCUAUGCUAAGGGAGCUAUCAGAACUGUUGCUCAGAAGCAAAGAGGACCCAGCUGAGUUGUUUCUUCUCUUCCCCAUCAUUCUCUUGGAGGGAAACCAAAGCCUAAAGCAUCUUGGUAAUCUAUUUUGUUGGUUCCAGUUUGGGCUGUGAUCAAAAGUUGGUGGUUAAACAAUGGAGAAACCCGGUUCCUGGAAAAAUGGACACAGUGGAAGCGUAUGCAAAGGUCAUCUGGAUGUCAGCAUGGCAGCCUCAAACCUGGAGAACCAGUUGCACAGUGCCCAGAAGAACCUGUUGUUCCUUCAACGGGAACACGCCAACACCCUGAAGGGCCUGCACGCUGAGAUAAGACGACUGCAGCAACACUGCACAGAUUUAACAUAUGAGCUGACACUGAAGAGUUCGGAACAGGCAGGAGAUGGAACUUCCCGAAGCAACGAACUGAAGCGAAAAUGCGAAGACCUGGAGGCCGAGCUCAAGGCGAAGGAGGCGGAGAAGCAAGAGCUGCUCCAGGAGCUGGAGCAGAAGAAUGCGCUCAUCGCCGUGCUGGAGACCACGGUGAAGGAGCGGGAGAAGAAGUACCUGGAGGAGCUGAAGCUCAAGAGCCACAAGCUGAGCGUGCUGUCAGGCGAGCUGGAGCAGCGCGCCGGCACCAUCGCCUACCUCACGUCGCAGCUGCACGCCACCAAGAAGAAGCUGCUCCUGAGCCCCGCCGACGCCGCCAGCGCGCCCACCUCCGGCUCGGCCGCAGGCGCCUCGGCCGCCGCCGCCGCGGCCGGCUAUAAGCCGGCGCCCCCCAAAGAGAAGCUCCCCGAGACCCCGCGGCGCCGGAUGAAGAAGAGCCUGUCGGCCCCGCUGAACCCCGACUUCGAGGAGGUCUACCGGCUGGGCUCGGACCGGAAGCUGCUCUUCCGCGAGCCCGUGGACGCCAUGCCGGACCCCACUCCGUUCCUGCUGGCCAGGGAGGCCGCCGAGGUGCACCUCAUCAAGGAGAGGCCGCUCGUCAUCCCUCCCAUCGCCUCGGAGCGCACGUCGGGGGACCCGCACAGCCCCGCCCGGGACAAGGCGCACAAGGCGCACGUGGGCGUGGCCCACCGCAUCCAUCACGUGCCCCAGCCGCAAGCGCAGCCCGAGGUGGAGACGCUGGCGGUGGACCAGGUCAACGGAAGCAAAGUCGUUCGGAAGCACUCAGGGACCGAUAGAACUGUGUAGGCCGCGGCCGAGGAGGCUCUUUCCGCACUGUGAUCACUACUAGCAAACGAACCCGCCCGUCCACCACUUUUUUUAAGUCCCAUGCAUGCCAAAUUUUUUCAGAUCUGUCAGAGUAUCCUCCUCCUCCUCCCCGCCCCCACCCCCGCCCCUACCCCCACCCCCAAUCCGAAACACCACCGCCUUCCUAAUGCAGGAUCUGUAUCUACCGAAUGCUGUGGCCAAACCCUGCGUAUCCAUCCGCUGCUUGCUUCUACCCUGCCCCAUCUAGCCGUGGGAGUGAGUGUGCACGUGGACAAAAGCCCAGGCCGCAGCCUGCAUUCUUCCUGACUAGUAAUGAACCCAGAUAGCGACACACCUAAGGAUAACGUUGGAACACCUCGUAGAAACUGACUUCCGCUAUCCCUCUGGAGCCGUCCGUGGCUCCCGUACGUAUGUAGCACUUCAGACAUACCCCUGGAGACGAGUGUAAUUUCAUGACAAUCCGCUCACGGGCAGCAUUGACAACAAUGCACAUCUAUGUAUAUGUCAAAAGGAACUAAAGAUUGGCAUUACUCUUCAUGUCACCUUGACCCUAAUGUGUGUUCAUAUUUUUUGUUAUAUUUUAUUCCAAAUUUUGGAGAUCCCAACAAACUUUAUUUUCUAAACCUGC